GAUAUGUUGAAGUGAGUCUUCCUAUUUCUUCGUUUUUUAAUUGAAGAUAUUUUGAAAAAAUGGGUGUUUGUGUCUAUUUCACUUUCUAUGUGGUCCUCUCUCAGUCUCUGUCUCUCUUUUCUCUCUCUCGCUUUCUAUCUUCUUCUUGUAGACCAUAGCGUGAAUUUUGGGGAAUUUGGUAGGUAUUUGUCCAUCAGACGAGUUGUUCGAGGUUUGUGUUCAAGUAAUUAUAAAGAAACAUAAUCUUCAAAUGGAUGUCAUAUCAGAAUUCUCAAUCCAUUUUCGUUUUCGUACUUUCUUUUUUCUAUCCAUUUUUUGAUUUUAUAAUGUACUUUUCGUUUUCAUAAAUGUACACCUUUUGGGUGGUUAAGGUUAUUUUUCGACGUUAGAUUGGACGGAUGGUUUUUUGAUAAACUUAGAAUUCCAUCGGAAAGGCUACUGAGGUUCCGCUUUACUUCUUCCCAUUCAAGAUGGACAGACGAAGUUGGCUGUGGAGAAGGAAGUCUUCCGAGAAGAGUCCCGGCGAGACGGAGAGUUCAGGAUCUAUAUCUUCUCAUUCUGAAAGAUUAUCCGAUGAUCAGGCAUAUCCUACUCAUAGCACUCAAUCUCCAGAAGUCAGUUCUAAAGCUGCAUCGAAUGAUGAAGAAGUUAGUGAAAAUGUGAAGGCUUUAACAGAAAAACUAUCUGCUGCUCUUCUUAACAUUAGUGCCAAAGAGGACUUGGUAAAGCAGCAUGCUAAAGUUGCAGAAGAAGCUGUGUCAGGCUGGGAGAAGGCUGAAAAAGAAGUAUCGGCUUUAAAACAGAAACUUGAGGGUGCAAAUCAGAAGAAUUCGGCUCUUGAAGAUCGGAUUGGUCAUCUUGAUGGAGCACUGAAGGAAUGUGUUAGGCAACUUCGACAAGCAAGAGAAGAGCAAGAAAAGAAGAUCCAUGAAGUUAUUGCAGCAAAAACUAAUGAAUGGGACUCUUUAAAGUCUGGGCUUGAAAGUCAACUUGUUGAGCUCCAGGCGCAACUUCAAAGUGCUAAAACCAACGCUGCUGCCCAAAUUGAUUAUGAUAUGCAAACAAAGCUAGAUGCUGCUGAGAAGGAGAACUCAGCCCUUAAACUGGAGCUCCUUUCUCAAGGAAAGGAGCUAAAAAUCAGUAUUAUUGAAAGAGACUUAAGCAUAAGAGCAGCUGAAACAGCUAGUAAACAACACUUAGAAAGCAUAAAGAAGGUGGCCAAGCUUGAAGCUGAGUGCCGCAGGCUAAAAGCCAUGGCUCGUAAAGCAUUCCCGAUUUAUGAUGGGAAAUGUUUUUCAGCAUCAUCAUUUUAUUUAGAAUCUUUUACAGAUAGUCAGUCAGAUAGCGGGGAGAGGCUGUUGGCAAUUGAAUCUGAUUUGCAGAAAAUCAGUGGCUUGGAGUCAAAUGAAGGCGAGUUGGGCCGGUCAGAUUCAUGGCCAUCUUCUGUAGUUACAGAAAGUCAUCAAAUUAAGAAAGAAAAGGAUCUUGGAAGAAACCUAAUGGUCCCUUCGGUAGAUAUUAAUCUCAUGGAUGAUUUCCUUGAAAUGGAAAAGCUUGCUGCAUUGCCAGAUGUAAAAAGUGAAACAUCAUGCCUUGAGGCAGGACUUGAAUCGAGUCACGCUAAUGGUGGAGAAAACCCUUUAAAAGCAGAUCUUGAAGCCAUGAUUAACAGAACUUCAGAACUGGAGGACAAAUUAGAGAGAAAUGAGGCAGAGAAAGUGGAACUUGAGAUAGCUCUGACUGAGAGUAGGAAGCAGCUUGAGAUAUCUCAGAGCCAGCUAUUAAAAGCAGAGAAGAAGUUGCAAGAGUUGCAAAGACAACUGGUAAUUGCAAAUGAAUCAAAGAGAGCUGCAGAGGAAGAAACAAGGGCUUCUGAAACAAAGAGAGGGGUGGCAGAGUCACAACUUAGAGCUUGUGAAGCUGAGGUCAAUACCUUGGUUUCUAAAGUGGGUUCAUUAGAAGAAGAGGUUCGGAAGGAGCAAUCUUUGUCAGCUGACAAGGUGGCCAAAUGCCAGAAACUGGAAAAGGAACUGUUACACAUGAAACAUGAAGCUGAAGUCCAACGUGAGUCUGAGCUCCAGCGUAUGAAAAGUAUUAAUGGCGAUAUGAAGAUAAAGCAGGAAAAAGAGCUAGUCAUGGCUGCUAAAAAGUUUGCAGAAUGCCAGAAAACUAUUGCAUCACUUGGCCAGCAGUUGAAAUCUCUUGCAACACUGGAUGAUAUCCUACUGGACUACGAGAAACCAGUAGAGCUUAGUGGUAAUGGCUUGGAACCAUGGAAAUUGAGGUCAAGUGAAAUGAAUAUGCCAAGAAAAGAUUGUGAAUAUUCUAAAGUAGCUGGUGAUUGGUCAUAUCCUUCUAAAAAUGUCAGUGACAUUAAGCCAUCCUUAUCAGUUUAUCACUAGACCAAGCCUUUUGGCUCAAGAAAAAGAGCCAAAAUUGGAUUCGGCAAGUUUUCUCCCAGAAAUAAUAGUGAGACUCAGUUAUGAUGAAAUCGGUGAGGAUCAAAUAAAAUGAAAUUGUAGAAAAACAAAUAGGUCUAAAAUAUCCAUUGUAAAGUUCUACAUUAUACUUUUAGUAACUGUGUAUUCCAUGCGUGUAAAUCAAAAGAUGUAUUUAAGUACACAUGCCUCUUGGUAAGCAAAAAGCAGAGAGGUAAUUUUUAUACAUAAUUUUUAAGGGGGUUAUUUUAUUUUAUUUUUUUCAUUCAUUAAUAUACAGGAACUAGAGCAUACUGGUAUUUGAUUGUUUCCUAGGAGACUAAUCAUUUAAUGAUUGCAUUUGGUUGAGUGCAGCUCAAAUAUCUCAUUUCCUGUGAAUUGUAUCCAUGUAAAGAAUUUUAAUAAAAUAUUAUAUAUUUGGGAUUUUAAUAUA